AUAUGGUGACCCCGACGUGAUACGAACCCCGACGUGCAACCGGUUGGCGCGAGUUAGGCGCGGCGCGAGUUAGGCGCGGUGCGUACGUGCUAGGUACGCGGGUGGCCAUGGGGCCUGGAGUCGAUGAGGUGCGACUCCUGCUUAUCCUCGCCUUGUGCCCUGCAGUGUACGGGGGCUACUGGCAGGAGUAUGCUGUGGGCUACCGGACCGCUCCGCUGUUUCCAACGCCAUACGCUUACAACCUACGGUCUGCUGAGCCAGUACUCAACGGGACACUUCGUGGGUUGUUCCCGCCUGUUACUUGCCAGGGAAGGAAGCUGUCUACCAUCCUUAUCCAUGCCACCGUGCAGGCAGGUAUCAAUCUGACACAUGAAAUACACUUGUCAUCGGACGGCACCACACAUGCGACGGAGGACAGAAAAGAAACUGAUCUGCCAGUGGCGCAAUUGUGCGGCUCCAUUGACAUUUGGGACAAGGGGACAACGGCGGAUGUGACCAUUCCGCCAUGGACAGUUAAGACCAUGGUGCGCAAUCAGUCGGUGGCCUGGUUGUGGGUGGGGCCACCGGGCCAAGCUCCUGCACCGGAGGACUUUUCCUUGGGGAUGUUUGGACUGUAAAUAGCCAUGCGACGGCCCCUUACCAAUCGGUCCGCAUCGCGCAUGUUUCGAACUCUGUUCAUUGGCAUUUACCUAACCCCUAUUGGUUGCUCUGUUCUCAGGAACGUGCUUGGAAGGUGAUUCCAGCUAACACGACACUUGGUUUGUGCUCUAUGGGUCUGCUAUUGUGGCUGCAUCGCACUGCUCGCAGCCCUUGAGCAACCCGAGGAGUCUGUAAAAUUCUGGUGUUAAAAAUGAGAGAUAAAAGGUCAGCUCAGUACACACAGCAAGCAAGGAGCAAUCAAGAGGAAAAUUUAAUGAUAGGGUUAAUUAGAGAUUUCGCAAAAAUGCAGAAUGUGAGUCAAGUGACCGCUUGUUUACCUAUACCUAAAUCUGCAGGUGAUUCUAUACCCUGGGGUAUAAUCACAUCACCGAUACCCCAGAUUGAGAAAAACAAAACAAUCCAAUGUGAAUCAGAAACAGUCAUAGAGACAGAAAGGCUGGAAGGGUUUUAUAGAAAGUGUCAGAUUCGCCUUUAUUCUGGGUGUCAAAAGGAAAGAAAUUACAUAUUUACGGACCUAGACAACGAGGAUGGACGACUAGGGAUGUGUGAGUAUGAUGCACCACGCACACGACAAAAGGAAAAGGUUAUAUGGAAGUGUAAAGAAGGUAACGAGAUAGGAGGAUUAGAGGGUUGGGAGUCAGCAUGGGCAUUAAGUAUACUGCAGAAAUACCAAUAUGGAGGGAAUACUCCUUGGUGUUUGCAGUGGGUAGGAAGGACGAAUAAUGACCAGAGUUUACUAUACGAGACGGCUCAGAGGGAAACUAGUAGUCGGGAGAGGGUAAAGGCAGUCCCGUGGUGGAAUUGUACACAAAUAUUCAAUUGUGAUACUGCUUUAGAAACAAUAUCUCUGCUCCCGGUAAAGAUAGCCCUAGCCACCGGAUGUGCAUGCAGAGGUCUGCAAGUUAACAUGAGUAUAACCAACUGGAAUAUAGCCAGCCAGACUGGUAGGGAAAAGACCUUAGUGAAUUGUAAAUCCUCGACUAUACGAAGCAUGGGACAUUUUGUGUGGGCCGCCAGUGAUGGAACUUGGACGACUCAUUUAAGUUUGGAUGGCCCAGUAAAAGAAAUUACUUUAGGAUUGCCCACCCUUUGCCCGCUUUGGAAAAAAUCUCCUCUCAUAGAGAGAAGGACAAAAAGAGAAGUAAGUGAAGAAGAUGAUAAGUGGCAGGAACCGUCCACUGGGGUAAAGAUAGGAUGGGUGGUAGAAUCGUUGUUUGCCCCGAUAGCCUCCUACCACAACAGGGAGCUGAUAUACAAUUUGAUGGGGCAAGUACAUAGAUUGGCCGACAUAACCAAAAAGGGGUUUAAGGAAUUAAAUAUACAGUUACAAGCCACAACAAGAAUGACCCUGCAGAAUAGAUUGGCCCUGGAUAUGCUUCUGUUAAAGGAACAUGGCGUCUGUGGAUACCUUAAAGAUAAGGUUGGCCAUUGUUGUAUACACAUUCCGAAUGUAACUGCCGAUGUAGAACGUGACAUAUCCCAAAUAGCCCAGGUAGAAGGCAAAAUAAAAGAAGAGCAGCGUGACGCAGAACAGAAUUGGCUGGGGGCAACUCUCGAGGGGUUAGGCUUUCAGCUAGAAGGAUGGCUUAAAUCGCUUUUGCAAACAAUAUUGCUACUGGUAAUAGUAUUCAUUGUGAUAGGGCUGGUAUAUGCAUGUAUUAAAGCAAAAAUAGAUAGAAGCAGUACAAUGAAUCGCAGCAUGCUGACCAUUCUCACCAAGAAUCAUGAAGGGUUCCCAUUGCCACCGCUUGCUCCUGGGACGGAUACUUGUCUCUAAGUAGUUAUGAUUAAAUCACGCUUAGCGUAACGGGUUAAAGGGGGUACAUUACUGCAUAAAGAGGGGGGAGAUGUGGGAUUAUUCUGGGUUGUGCCUGCGUGCACAAAAGGAGGGGUCUGGGGUGCCUGCGAGCACAGUGGGAGGGGUCCUGGGUUCCUGGGUGGGACGUUUUAACACUAUAUAAGAUACUGUCACGCAGCAAUAAAUUGGCUUACGGCACAGAA